CCACGUACUGCAUUGACCGAUCUGGUUUUCUGUAUCCGGGUGAGCGGACAAAGAUGGCAGCCCACAGUGAGAAAUCAGCGGGCAUGAGUAAUAUUCUGCAGUUUAUGAAACUUAUCGGACAGCUAAAAAGGGUCCCACGGACCGGCUGGGUGUACAGAAAGGUGAAGAAUCCUGAGAGCGUGUCAGACCACAUGUACAGGAUGGCUAUGAUGUCUCUGACCAUCACUGACCCUACAGUAGACAGAGACAGAUGCAUAAAACUUGCACUUGUCCAUGAUAUGGCAGAGUGCAUUGUGGGAGAUAUUGCACCAUCAGACAACAUUAGUAAAGCAGAGAAACACAGGAGGGAGGAGGAAGCAACGAGACAUCUGACAAGUCUGCUGCCGGAGGGUCUCAAACAGGAGAUUUAUGCGCUGUGGGAGGAAUAUGAAUCCCAGAGUAGUCCAGAGGCCAGGUUGGUAAAACAGUUUGACCUCCUGGAGAUGAUCGUGCAGGCCCAUGAGUACGAAGAGCUGGAGGGAACGCCAGGAAGACUCCAGGACUUCUUCGACUCCACCACAGGGCGCUUCCACCACCCGGACGUCCUCCAGCUGGUCAGCUCCCUAAAUGAACAAAGAGGAAGGGGGAUCAAGGAGCUGAAGGAAUCACAGACUGACGGCUCAGAAUCUGAACACUAACACAAAGCAGUUUUUCUGUGUGCAAAAAGCUAGCUAAAAAAAAUUAUUUCCACUGAUGGACGGAGAAACCAGCCUGGAGCAUGAACCAUGCAUCUAAUCAGAGGGCAAAAUUCUGCUUCUUCCUCUUCACACUCAUCAGAUGAGCAGAUAAUGAAACAGAUGUUGGUUUUAAAAUAAACUGGGUUUAUAAUGUUUUUUUUUCCAGAUUCAAAUUCAACCUGAAGUUCAGGAUUUCUUUUCUUAAAGAUCUGUCAUUUUCUGACUCAGCUGGUACCGCUAAAGAGGCUGCCGUCAUCUAAUCAAACAGAAACAAUUUCAACUCAUUGUAGCUUAACUGGUAAAAUAUACAAAUUUCCGUUAUUUUGCAUCCUUAUCUGUGCUUAUUUUUUGUUAUAUAAAAAAGAAACAUUCAAAAUUUCCUACAUCAACCGGCUUUAUUGGUAAGUUUUAAAUACUGUAACAUUGUACAUAUCGGAUAAACCCAACAUCACAGAAGUUUUAUAUCAAAAAAGCAGUAAAUGUGAUUGUCUCAUACAGUUUCUUCCAUAAUAUGAUUUUUUUUUUCCAUGUAGUCUGCAGAAUAUGCCUGGGAGGAACAGAAACUCAAACAAAACGAGGUUUUGUUACAUGAUUCAUGGUGUUGCAUUAAAGUUUGCAUAACUGUCUUAUUUGCCGAGAUGAAGCAGACAUUGUGCUUAUUCCAUUUGCUUUGGGUUUAAUUAUUAUUAUUAUUCACAACUCCUUUAAAGUAGACACAUGAAUAUGGAAUAUUAAACAGUUGUAUUUGUUACAUAAAUAAGAAUCAUAUGCUUUGUAUUUUCCAUUACCAAAACAUUUAUUACCCCAUACUUGACAAAUGGGUCAUUCAGUACUUGAAUGCCGAUGUGAAUUUCAUAAAAAAAAAAAAAAGUGUAACUGGUUUCUUCUGAAGACAUAGGAAAGGAAUCAUCACAUGAAAACGUUUAAACAGUUAAAAAUAAAUGAAGUUACUGAGAAAGUUAUUUUCAUGGCAAAGUUAUAAAGUCUACCACCAGGGGAUCCCAAGCGAGCCCCUAAAAAUACAUGUAAUCAUUUCGCUCUAUAUAUAUUAAAUAAAAAGUUCCAUAAUUUAAUGGUAUAUUUAAUUAUUUAAUAAUGUAUUAAAUAAAUAAAUGGUACAAUUAAAUGAUUUAAUAGGACAUUUAAUGGUACAUUCAUUUAUUUCAUUAUAUAUUCAUUUAAUUUCAUCCCUUCUAGCCCUCCAUACACCUCAGGGGUCACAUCACAAUGAUUCUGAAAAGCCUCUCGCGACCCCGUGGGGGGUCCUGACGCCACUUUGGAAACCCCUGGUCUACACGGUCAAAGAAAAAAAAAAAUUAACAUAGUUAUUGUUUGGUUAAUCCAUGCUGGUUUUCUAGAAAUAAUAGCCAUACGUUGUUGUGCACACGACACACAUGUUUUAUCAGUGUUUAUAUGUUAAUGUGUAAUAAAGUGAAUGGGACAUGAA